CCACACUUUGAUCAACUCUUUAAAAGAACUGUAGCCUGGAAAAAAGCUUUGAUGGCACACCAAAAAUUGGGAAAACCUGAGAAACUGACUGACAGUGAGAAACCUCCCACCAGUAAAGUCUCGGCCAUGUUUGGAGGAACAAGAGAGAAAUGCAUAGGCUGCAAUAAUACUGUUACCCCACUGAAAAGUAAUCUGCCAAGUUGUUCAUUUAUACUUUAUUCAGUUAAGACUCAUAUAAAGAUUUCUGCCAUGGAGGGUGUGUUUAGUCCAUCCAACUACAUUGCACACGAGGGACGACUUUACUGCAAACACCACCACACCCAACUGAUAAAGGAGAAAGGCAACUUAAGCCAGCUUGAAGGUGAGAAGGACCCUGUCAACUAA